UUCUCUUCUUGGGUUUCAUACAGGAUCCAUGGUCGUGUAGGGUUCAUAAAUCUCCGAAUAUUUAACAAACAUCUUCUCAGAUUGUGAAGAAAUUUUGUGGGGGGAAGAAAUGAAGUUUAAAGAUGAUAAACCUGGGAGACAACCUGAUAAAGGUUCAAGAGUUGUAUCAAUGGCAAUAAUGUUUGUGGUGCUAUGUGGGCUUUCAUUCUAUCUUGGUGGGAUCUUUUGUUCUGAAAAAAACAAGUUACCCACUGAGCCGGUUGCUAGAGUGGUUGACUCUGAAGAACCGAUUGUUUCUGGCCCGAUUCAGGUUAAAUCGGUUUCCUUCCCUGAAUGCAGUGCUGACUUUCAGGACUACACCCCUUGCACUGAUCCUAGGAGAUGGAAUAAAUACAGUCAACACAGGCUUACGUUCAUGGAGCGCCAUUGUCCGUCUGUAUUUGAAAGAAAGGAGUGUUUGGUACCGCCACCCGAUGGCUACAAGGAGCCGAUCAGAUGGCCAAAGAGCAAAGACGAAUGUUGGUACAGGAACGUUCCGUAUGAUUGGAUCAACAAACAGAAGUCGAACCAGCAUUGGCUAAGGAAAGAAGGAGAUAAAUUCUACUUCCCCGGAGGUGGUACGAUGUUCCGCAAUGGUGUUAGCACUUACGUCGAUUUAAUGCAAAAUCUGAUCCCGGGAAUGAAAGACGGGACUGUUCGAACUGCCAUUGAUACCGGAUGUGGGGUUGCUAGCUGGGGAGGCGACUUGCUAGAUCGUGGCAUCCUACCGGUAUCUCUGGCCCCGAGAGAUAACCACGAGGCUCAAGUCCAAUUCGCGUUAGAACGCGGGAUUCCUGCGAUUCUCGGGAUUAUAUCGACACAACGGCUUCCAUUCCCAUCCAAUUCGUUCGAUAUGGCUCAUUGCUCACGAUGCCUCAUCCCAUGGACAGAAUUCGGUGGAAUUUACCUUCUUGAAGUUCACCGAAUCCUUCGGCCAGGAGGCUUUUGGGUCCUGUCGGGUCCUCCGAUAAACUACGAGCAGCGGUGGCGAGGUUGGAACACGACAAUUGAGGUUCAAAAAUCGGAUUACGAGAAGUUGGAAGAACUUCUGGCUUCAAUGUGCUUUACGUUGUACAACAAGAAGGAUGAUAUAGCAGUUUGGCAGAAAUCCGAAGAUAACAACUGCUACCAAAAGCUCGAUGCUCCAGAUAACUACCCGCCGAUAUGCGAUGACGGGACCGAGCCGGAUUCCGCAUGGUACACCCCGUUGAGACCCUGUGUGGUUGUGCCCAACCCGAAAUUCAAGACAACGAGCUUGUCGUCAAUCCCAAAAUGGCCGGAACGGUUGCACGUGGCUCCAGACCGUCUCCGUGGGGUUCAUGGCGGCAGUGCAGGGUCGUUCAAUCACGACGAUAACAAGUGGAAGAAUAGAGUGAAUCACUACAAGAAGUUGCUUCCGGUUAUUGGAACCGAUAAGAUACGGAAUGUGAUGGAUAUGAACACGGUUUUUGGAGGUUUUGCUGCGGCUUUAAUCGAUGAUCCGCUUUGGGUCAUGAACGUGGUCUCGUCCUACGCUCUCAAUUCGCUUGCCAUAGUAUACGAUAGGGGUCUCAUCGGAACUUUCCACGACUGGUGUGAGGCAUUCUCGACGUAUCCUCGAACAUAUGAUCUCCUUCACGUAGACAGCCUCUUUACACUCGAAAGCCAUCGGUGCGAGAUGAAAUACGUGUUGUUGGAGAUGGAUCGGAUCUUGAGACCAAACGGGUACACGAUAAUCAGGGAAUCAACCUAUUUCUUGGACGGGAUUGGUAAGAUAGCGAAGGGGAUGAGAUGGGAUUGUCGUGUAGAAGCGACCGAAGACGGUACCGAGAAAGAAAAGGUAUUGAUCUGCCAGAAGAAACUCUGGUAUUCCCAGCAAAACUCAUAGCAAACAAGAAAGAUCUGAUAAAAAAGUUUCCCUUUUUUUCAAGAAACCAGCAGAAGAUAGC